GGUUGUUUCCGGUCGGUUUGAGAGGCGUAAACAAACACUACUCAUGGAGGCUACCGCGGCUUAGAAAACCGUUUUUACACCGACCUAACGCAAAACACGCAAUGGCACAAAUUUUUUAACAUUUCACUGUAAAUAAUAAUCAUGAAAACAAUGUGCAUUUUAUGCAAAGAGCUUAAAAAGUCUCCGUGAUGUCUGUGUUGAACCUGUCCUUCGCGGCCUGUGGGUUCAUGGGCAUCUACCACCUCGGAGCUGUGGGGGCAUUCCUUCGACACUGUCCCAAAAUCAAGACCUCUCCUGGGGCUUGUCCUGCAGCAUGUGCUGGGGCCUCUGCUGGAGCCCUGGUAGCAGCUGUUGUCAUCACUGCUCCCCAUAAACUAGAGGAGUGCACAGAUUUCACAUACUCGUUCGCCCGUAGUGUAAGGAAACAGCCUCUAGGGGGCAUCACUCCUGGAUUCGACUUUAUGCAAAAACUAAGUGAGGGUAUAGACCGCAUCCUCCCCUCUGACGCUCACAGCAAAGCCAAUGAUCGUCUCUAUGUCUCCCUCACUCACUCCAAAACUGGAAAGAACCAAAUCGUUUCUAAAUAUAAUUCCAGAGAAGAGCUACUCAAGGCUCUCCUGGCCAGCUGCUUUGUCCCAUUUUAUGCUGGGUUGAAGCCAGUAGAAUUCAGAGGAGAGAUGUGGGUGGAUGGAGGAUUUACAGACAGUUUACCCAUCCUUCCUUUCGGUCGCACCGUCACUGUGUCUCCUUUCUCUGGACAACAGGAUGUAUGUCCUGUCCACAGGGGGCUCUCUCACAGGCACCUGCACCUGGCCAACAUGAAGGUUAUGGCUUCUUUGGAGAACUUCAAACGUCUGAACCGAGCGCUUUUCCCUCCGACCCAAUCUCAAAUGAAGGAGUUUUAUCAAGAAGGAUUCAACGAUGCACUGAGAUUCAUGCAGAGAGAGGACUGGAUCAGCUGACCACAGAGAGACCUGGUUUAGACCUGGUGUAGAUGGGGUUUAGACCUGGUUUAGACCUGGUUUAGACCUGCCUUGGACCUGCCUUGAGUUUGACUUGGGUUUGACAUGGUUUAGACCUGGUUUAGACCUGGGUUAGACCGGGUUUAGACUGGGUUUAGACCUGGGUUAGUCUGGGUUUAGACUGGGUUUAGACCUGGGUUAGACCGGGUUUAGACUGGGUUUAGACCUGGGUUAGUCUGGGUUUAGACUGGGUUUAGACCUGGGUUAGACCGGGUUUAGACUGGGUUUAGACCUGGGUUAGACCGGGUUUAGACUGGGUUUAGACCUGUUUUAGGCCUUGGGUUAGACCUGGGAUAGACCUGGUUUAGACUUGGAUCUGGUAUAGAUCUGGUUUAGUCCUGGUUUAGACCUGGUUUAGACCUGGUUAAGUCCAAGUUUAGGCCUGUUUUGCGUUUGGGCCUUUUUUAGAACUUGGUUAGAUUUAAUUUGAACCUGGGUUAGACCUGGUUUAGAUCUAGGUUUAUACCUGGGUUAGAUCUGGUUUGGACUUGUUUUAGAUCUAAUGUAGUCCUAGUUUAGACCUGGUUAUUUUUUGUUUUGGGCCUCAUUCAAUUACAAGGACUUUUCAAAUUUUAUAUGUAUAUUACAUUUUAUUACAUUUAUAUUACAAGUAAAAAGUUGAAUACCAAACAGAUUAUUGCUUUGUUUUCAUUUUAUUGACUGUUCCAUAGUUCCAUGUUCCAUAGUAUGGCAUUACACAUAUCUCGAAUUUUGUCAAUUUAAUUUAAUUUAUAAAGCACAUUAAAACUUAAAGUGAAGACAACAGAUAAUAUGGCGCAUAGGUAAAGAACAAUAACACACUUGUAUAUCCUGUUUAGUAUUGGCACUGCCACAGACAAGGCUCUGACACCUCUGGUCUUGAGUCUGGGUUUGGGCACAGCAGCAGGAGCUGGUCAGCUGAACUCUGACCUCAGGGCUCUGGGUGGAGUAUUGUAUAGAGCUGCAGUGACUCUGUCAAAUAAAGAGGACCCAUAGAGUGCACACAUUAAAACAUAAUCAGUAACAUUUCUAUUUCCCCUAAUAUGAAACAGCAGCCAGUGCAGCUGCACAUCACAGGCCUGAUAUGUCUCAUCUCUUUUUAUCAGCAGAUGGGCCGCAGUGUUCUGGACAUUCUGUAAGUGCUGCAGGGAGCUCCGGUCCAGCCCCGCAAAGAAUUACAGCAAUCCAGAUGCCAUGUUACAAAUACGUCGAUUGCCUUUUCAAAAUCUGCCUGUGGAAGGUAGAGUUUUACUUUAACGAAGAGCCUCAACUGAACGAAGCUGGACUUUAUGACAGAGCUAAUGUACUUGUCCAGUGUGAACACAGUCCGCAAUCACAGCAAGAUUCCUCAGUGCAGGAUGACAAUAACAGGACAGAGGACCUCACGGUCAGGCCCAGGCAGAGGGUUAGUCUGGACAAACAC